GGAGCUGCGGGAGCAGCGCCCGAGGUUCGGGACCUGCUGGGGACGGGAUCGGGAAUCGGCACCGCCCAGAUGCAGAUGGGUAAUUGGACAUGUAGUACCUGUGUUCAGAAGCCAUGAAUUCCAGAAAAUUACUCUCAGAAACACGGAGAACUUUUCCUGCUACUAAAGCCCACUGCCAGCAACCAUCACGGAUUCUCAUUGUGGAUGUCACAUCACCUUCCUGGGCCAAUACUUGCUCUGUGCUCUCUGAGGCUCUGGAAAACACGCUGUGCUUGGCAUGUGGCUUGGCAGGGCCCUGCCGUGUGCCCCUGCUGAGCCUCUAUGUGGUGCAGCCCCAGCAGGAGUGUCUGCUUCCCUUCACGCAAGUGAAAGAAAACUUUGCACGAAUUCAAGCCUGCAUUUCGGAGCUCCGUUUGCUUCCAGCAGAAGGCUGUUUCCCACAGGGGGGGAAUGGAGUGGUACAAGCUGUGCAGGACGGAUUGCAGCAAUUCAAACAAUACAGCAGACACACAGCAGCAGGAGGCUCAACAAACAGUUCUGUUGAGAUCACAAUUCUGACUAGCCAGUCCAGCAAAGAAAUGGUAAAGCAGCUGGAAAAGAAAUUAAAAGAUGUAGACCUUGUGAGUCUUCGAAGAAUACAAGUCAUUGAGGUUUUGAAAAGAGACUUCCUGGAGCCUGAGGAUGUGGAGCACUGUGUGCCAGCAGAAGAGCCCAGCAGCAGUGACAUUGCAAUCCUGGGAAUGGACUUUGAUGUGCAAACCGUAGAGGACAAUGUCAUCAGCUUGGAGAUGCUGUUUAAAACAUGGCUCCAUGACUAUGGCACGGAGAGGGAACAGCUCCAUCUCCUCCUUCCGUCGGGAGGUUUCAGCCAUGCUGCUGCACCCAAGAGCACCAUAAUGUGCCUGAAGUGCGACUUGCAGGAGAGACUGCUCGACCCAGCUCUGCUUUCGGGGCCGGCUGAUGGCACUAUGAGAGCAGCAGAUCCCAGUUCUCCCUGGCACGUGGCAGCCUGGCCAGCCACAGGGCUGCACAAACUCCAGGUGGUAAAGGCUCUGAAGUCUGAGGGGGUCUGUGAGUCUGUACUGUAUGGCCUGCCCUUCAUCAUCAAGCCCACGAGCUGCUGGCAGCUGGACUGGGAUGAACUGGAGACAAACCAGCACAGCUUCCAUGCUUUAUGUCACAGUCUUCUGCAAAGGAAGUGGAUGCUUUUGGCCAAGCACGAACCUCAGAACACGAGUCCAAACUGGAACAUUGUGGUGCAUUCCUAUUACGUCAUCGUCCCUUCCGACUCUGCCACUCUACUUGUCAAAGCAGUCGCCGUCAGGGAGCUCCUGCUGCCUUCAGCCUUCCCAGCCCUCCUUGCUGAGCACCCCGAGCGAGUCCGUGGCCCCAUAGAGAGUGCCCUGAACAGCUUGGAAGUGGAAGUUGCUUAUAACCCCUUACACCUAAAAAGCAACCUCUACAAAUACCUGAAGAGUUCGUUGUACAAACCUCCGCAUCGGCAGCAGGCCCAGCCCCGGGAGCAGCGCCCAGAGCGGCAUCAGCCCAAACAGCCCCAGAGCAGAGCCAAAGCUGCAGUGGCACCCCUUCUGAUGGCUCCCUCUCCCCUCCAAACAUUCAGACCAGCAUCAGCGAGGAGGGACUCCUGUGAGCGCUCUCCCCUCCCCAGAGAGUAUGAUGAGUUCCUGCAGUGAAGCCCAGGCUCUGCUGGGGCUGCCCAUGUGCAGUCACAGCUCAGCUUCUUGCUCAGCUGCACUGGGCCGGAAGCGGUCAGGCCAGACACUGAGCUCAGUCUUGGUCAGACAGGCACUUCCUAUUGUUUGUUCCUCCUUGUUGUUUUACAAUUUUGUUUGUCACUGAGUCAGUCUGCAGGCAGUUUGCUGCUCUGGGACCCUCUGUCCAGAGAUCCAGUUAUCCCCCACACCACCACAUAUUUCCUGUUCUUGUCGGCACGCAUCACAAGCGUGCCUCAAAUUUUGGUUUCUGAGACUGGGCU